UCUUCUUCGCUAAAUUCUGUUGGGUGUUGCGCUGCAAAUUCAUGGAGUACCAAAACCAGCACGGAACCAGGCAGUCGGGUGGUCCUCAACGAUCUUCACAGAUGCUUCUCCAAUCUUCCGGAGGGUACCACCCAGGUCCUGUAAUGGAUCCGUUCCCCGGCAAUAGCGACAACAACACUGAACAGAGGGCCCCGCAGUGCCUCGUUCGCGAGCAGGAUCGAUACAUGCCGAUAGCCAACGUGAUACGCAUAAUGCGGAGGAUAUUACCCCCGCAUGCAAAAAUAUCUGACGACGCCAAGGAGACCAUGCAGGAGUGUGUGUCCGAGUACAUCGCCUUCAUAACCGGCGAGGCCAACGAGCGCUGCCAGCCCGAGCAGCGCAAGACUGUCACUGCUGAGGAUGUCCUCUGGGCCAUGGGAAAGCUCGGGUUUGACAACUACGUCGAACCCCUCACCAUUUACCUGCAACGCUACCGGGAGUCCGAGAGUUCCGACCGCUCUCAGUUUGUGAAGAGGGAGGAGCGCCAGCUGAUGGACUAUUGCCCUCCUGGGCAUGCUGGGCCCCAGGUUGCAAUGAUGCCUCCCCCGCCACCAUCUUAUGGACCGGGAUAUUAUUUCGGGCCCCAGCAUGGUCUUCCCAUGUAUGACCCCUCGAUGAUGGGAAUGUUUAGGGAUGGUUCCUCCUCUGGUGCUGGUGGAGGCGGGUCAUCGUCGGCUUCUGGGGUGCAGGGUGAGAACUCGUUGGGGGGAUUUGACCCGUUUGGUGACUUCAAAUGAUCACCACAGUUUAAAGAAAGGUCUCAGCCGUUUAAUUAAGAGACGUAAUUAAUAAAUAAUUGCAUUAGUUUGCAAUUAAUUAGUAGUUACAUAAGUUAUUGUAGUUUAUCUCUAUGUUUUAGCAUGGUUGCAAACUGAGUUUGCUUCCUUUGAGUUCAAGGACAAGUUGGUUCCAGUAAUGUAAUGAAUAACUUCAUCCCUGAA